CAGAGAGACCAAGGGACAAGAGGAAGAACAGGGUGUGAAGACAGGCCUCUUAGGGCUCGGAGGGAAGCAUCCAAAGCCAGCUGGUCUGGCUUUGAGGUAAAUCAAUGGGCAAGUGAAACAAAGGCAGCAGAAAGAAAAGGAAGACUUGUAGACAGAACGAAAAGAAGAGAUAACGAAAGUCAAGACUUGUAGGGGGAAGAGUGACAACAGGUUCCGUGAAGGCGUGUGACAACAACAAACAGAUUGUGGUGUGGUCUGUCGAAGAGCGUAUUGCGAAGAAAGCGAGAAAUAGCGUGUACAAGAAGAGAGACUGUUGCACGAUGUGCUAGGAGAGUGGGGGAAGAAAUCGUGUUGUUUUUCUGAUAUUGUUGAGGUGUCAGAGAAUCCGGACAGGACGCAGCCAUGGGGCGGAAGAAGAUACAGAUCACCAGGAUCAUGGAUGAGAGGAACAGACAGGUUACUUUCACAAAGAGGAAGUUUGGCCUGAUGAAAAAGGCCUAUGAGCUGAGCGUACUAUGUGACUGUGAGAUAGCCCUCAUCAUUUUCAACAGCUCUAACAAACUGUUCCAGUAUGCCAGCACAGACAUGGACAAAGUGUUGCUGAAAUACACAGAGUACAACGAGCCCCAUGAGAGCAGAACCAACUCUGACAUUGUAGAGGCGCUAAACAAGAAAGAACACAGAGGUUGUGAUAGCCCGGACCCUGAUGCCUCAUAUGUCCUCACUCCUCACACUGAAGAAAAGUAUAAAAAAAUUAAUGAGGAGUUUGAUAAUAUGAUGAGAAAUCAUAAAAUCCCCACAGCAUUGCCUCAGCAAAACUUCUCCAUGCAUGUGGCAGUGCCUGUGUCCAAUCCUAAUGCCAUGUACCAGCCAGGAGGGACUCUGGGCAGCCAAGCCCUGGCAGCAGCUACAGCCUCCUUGAGUGACAGUGGGAUGCUGUCCCCUCCACAGGCCUCUCUGCACAGGAAUGUGGGCUCAAGUGGAGGACCCCAGAGGCCCCCCAGUGCAGGUGGCAUGCUGGAUACCACAGACCUUUCAGUGCCAAGCGGUGUGGGCUCCAGCCCAGCGGGAAAUGGUUUUGUUAACCCCAGGGGCUCUCCGGGCGUCCUCAGCACACCCAGCGGCAAUGGCCUGGGUAAAGUCAUGCCCACCAAGUCUCCACCACCCCCUGGAGGGAACAUGGGAAUGGGAAGCCGCAAGCCAGACCUAAGGGUGGUUAUCCCUCCAUCUAGCAAAGGGAUGAUGCCCCCACUGUCGGAGGAGGAGGAAAUGGAUUUGAACACCCAGAGGAUAAGCAGCUCUCAGUCCACCCAGCCACUGGCCACUCCAGUAGUGUCCGUCACCACCCCGAGCUUACCCCCACAGCCUGGCCUGGUCUACUCAGGCAUGCCCACCUCCUACAACCCUGCUGAGUUCUCCCUGAGCAGUGCAGAGAUCUCUUCCCUGCAGGGCUUCAGCUCUCCCGGGCUCUCACUGGGCUCCAUGUCGGCAUGGCAACAGCAUCAACUGGGCCAGGCAGCUCUUAAUUCUUUGGUUGGUGGAGGUCACCUACCUCAGGGCUCCAACCUCUCCAUCAACACCAGCCAGAGCAUAAACAUCAAGUCCGAGCCCAUUUCGCCGCCACGGGAGCGUGUCACCCCCUCUGGCUUCCCUCCUCAACAGCCGCAUCAAGGGUCCAGCCGACACGAAGUUCUGGGACGUUCACCUGCCGACAGCCUCAGCUCCUCCUGUAGCUCUUAUGACGGGAGCGAUCGUGAGGACCACCGGCCAGACUUCCACUCCCCGCUGGGGCUGGGAAGACCCCCUGCUGGCUCUGAGGACAGGGAGAGCCCCUCGGUCAAGCGCUUGCGCAUGGACACAUGGGUGACAUAAAGAGCCCCGAUCACGCCUCCAGUCACCAGCCAGUCAGAGAGAGGGAGGGGUUAGACAUGGAGAUAAAAGAAAGAGCAAGGGUCCUUAGAGCUUUUGUUAUGAUACUAUUAUCCAACUCCAUUUCAAUUUGUAAGACUGAGUGGAAAAUGUUAAAAGACGUGUCAGGACAUAUCUAAAGUAAAUUCUCAAGCUGAUCCAGUAAGAUUAAAACAAAUCUCAGUUAGCUGGACUGAAUUAUAUGCACAGGCAGGUGGUAUCAGGUACUUGGUGCAAUUUAGAUGGUGUUUGCAGAAAAAAGAUGUUCAGAGAAAAUUGUUUAAAAAUAGGCGGUAGAUUAUUGUAUUCACUGGUCUAGUCAGACACUUACAUGUAGUUGCUGUAUUGCUGUGCUUGCAAGUUGCAAUCAGAGAGCGUUGUGUUGCUUUCAGGCUGAGGGCCCUUACAUAUUAUGUUCACUGCAAGAACUGUAACCAUACAAGACUUUAUCUCAAGUGGCCUCUUCUAACUUAUGUAUUCUGUUUAUCAGGAAAUACAGACAGAGUUAAUAAAUACUACACAGGAAUUUUGAUCACACAAUAAAUAAUUGCAACAUUUGAGACUACUUUAGUGAAUAAAUGAAACCAUACUGUUGAAGGUCAAAAUGAAAUAACAGAAUUUAUUGCAAUAAUGACAUCCAAUUCAUUUUAUAAUUUAAUAGAGUAGGAUAUAUAAGUGUGCAAUUAAGAUAAUGCGAACCUGUCCAGUUGAACUGGUGUGAAAAUAAACAUGUUCACGUUUGUGUAACAGUUCAUCAGUAAUAUAAGCCAAAGCUGUUCUUUUUGUGUUGUUUUGUACAGUUGCUAUGGUUUCCUAACAAUUCACUCAAAUGCACCAUUUCGUUCAUCAUAGUUUUAUUUUUUAUUGUGCUUUAUUGCAAACCGUGUAAAGUCAUGUAAACCAGAUCUUGAAUUGAUAUUCUAAAGCCAUGAACAUUUUGCUGUUCUGUUUGUAUAAUUGAACAUUUGAGCCAAACCUUUUAUUUUGUUGUGUAAAUAGCAACUUUAAUAUAUACCACCAGGGUGUGAGCACAUACUGAAUGUACUGUGCGAUCACCGUUUUCAAGAAAAGUAUAUUUUUGUGGAUUACAGCCAAGUUUACAAGAGUAGACCCUUAAAAAGUAGAUCAUUCACUGCUCAAUAUUUGCUAUUUUGUUAAUUUUACUGUAAUCUCUUCUAAAUUGAAUGAUCAGCAGAACCUCCCAUGUGUUUUUGUUUCAGAAGGUAAAUUUUUUUAUUUUUUCUCUCUUUAUUAGUGGUGACUGUUUUGUCCUGAAGACAUUGUUUUAACAAUGCUGUGAGGUUGAAGUUCCACUAUUUUCAUAUUUGUGAAGGAUGAUCACAAGGCUAGGGGAAAUAAGGUUUCUUCCCUCCUAUUGUGUUAAGCUUAUGUUAGUUGUAUACCAGCAGCUGCUGAAUACACUGCCAACAUUCAAACCCAAGGUCCCGGCCCCACACUGAAGAAUUAUCUAUUGUUACUGCAUGUAGCUCAACUGAAAGACAUGCCGUCUCUCAAGCCCUUUCCACUAUCCUGUUACUGGUUCAUUGAAUUAAAGCAGAAGACAGAAAGUGGCUGCCGACCUUCACACAAAACUGAUAAUGCCUGUGCUCGUAUGUGGUUGUAAAUAUCGCAGUCUACUGGAAAUGUCUGUCAUAAUGAUGUACAAAAAUACUCAUGUGUUUCCUUAAUUGGCCCCAGAAAUUGUAUCUUAUACCAAUGCUACUGUUACUAGUAAGGGUACUAUAGGUUAAGGAACCUUAGGAGCCAGAAAAGUGAAAAUAUGAAGGUGCUGAAGUCAUGUACGCGAAAGGUGAUGCUUGUGUCAGCGCACCGGGCGGCGACAGAAGGGGGGAAAGGGGGCUGUGACUUGUUUUCUUCUUCAUCAUCACGGAAGCAAAUAAUUCAGCAGCUAAUUUGUGACAACAACUCAAUGUCAUUGACUUUAAUCUCACUGCUGGACUGCACACAUUUGUAUGAGAAGUUUGCUGUACGAGAAAGGCAUCGCUGUGCAUUCGCCGGCACACCUCUUGUGUGUGUUCCUGAGGUUUCUGUUCCCCAUCGUCAAACUCCAUGGUAGUUCUCAGAAACACACCCGUAAAAGAUCUAUGCAGUUUUAUUCCCAAUUCACCUGACAUAUACGGAAUAUGAUGUCAUUACAGGCCAUAUUUAGUCCACAAAGCGUUGGUAAGAAGGGCAUCUGGGAGAUGACCGUUGCCUCUUAUCCUGAAGUGCCACAGCUGGAGGUUGCUGGACUACAAGUUACAUAUAAUGCAUUUUAUUAAAAGCUUUGAUUUGGAUACCCCGGGGCAAUCUCUUCAUAUUCAUAUGCAUUGCUAAACAUAUUUUACAUAACGUGUAGUAAUCCAUAAUGUAAUCCAGUUUAACACAGCUGGUGAAAAUAGCAAUAAUAAAUGACAAAAAUUGCCUGCCCCUCUUGGCAGCGCCACCUCGUAGUUGAGCACAUACUUCAGCACUUGAUAACAUAUCAGGGAAUUUUGUAGUUUCUCUAUCUACAGUAUAUGCACAGUUAGGAAAUGCCUUAUCCCAAAGACAAAUUCAGCCAUUUUUAUUUUUAUUUUCUCUCUGUAAAAACAGAAAAGACAAUUCAGAUAUCAUUUAAACUUGACCAGAUCUGCCUCUUCUCAGAAAAGACUCACACAAGAGAAUGCACGGUGAAUGCACUGUGAUACACUUUGCUCUGCCAAAUUGUGCACAACUGAUGAAUGUGAAAGAAAAGGGUAAUCAAUGAACCUUUGUAGAGGACUCUCUUCACUUUGCUGUGUAACAGUACACUGCUUUGCUUCAUGGCUUUUAUAAACAGAACUAUGUGUUUGGUAAGUGUUUGUAGUUGAUAGUUCACUUAACUAAAGAAGCUGUUUUCGGUUUGAGCGCUCAGACCGUUUGGUGGCACAAGCUGGACUUUGUUGCCAAUAAUGAAAUUAUUUGUUUCAAAAUCGAAAGAGAUUUUAAGUUAAUCUACAUUUUGUUUCCCUUGAAUGUGUUAUUUUAUUUUCAUCAUACAAUAAAUAUUCAAGUGAACUUUUUAUUAAACAAUUAAGAUACUAUGCUAGAUAUUGUUGUACAAAAUUUGUAUUCUUCACAAAAGUACAAAUAUUGGCUUUUAAUGUGUAAUUUAGGUUAUCUCUCUUAUUCUGUAUAAAAUGAAGUAAACAACUCUUACAUAGAAUUUGUUCUCCUGUGAAGUCCCAAACAGUAGAAACUGUCAACUUUAUUAAACACCUCAGUGUAUGCUCAAUCUGAA